AUGCACGACCAUGAUCCAGAAACAGGUUUUGGCAGAUUCAACUACAUUCUGAUGGGUGCAGGAUUUUUCUCCACGAUCGUGUGCCUGAUGGACACGACAACCAUGUCUUACAUUCUGCCUCUGGCACAGUGCGACCUGGGCCUCACAGACCUCAGCAAGGGAGCUCUCAAUGCCAUUACCUAUGCGGGCCUGAUCAGCGGCUCGUUCGUGUGGGGCUUCCUGUCGGACACGCUGGGCCGGCACCGCCUGCUCGUCAUCAGCCUGCUGCUGGACGGCACCAUCGCCCUCUGCUCCGCCUUCUCCACCUCACUCUGGCUGAUGCUGCUGCUCAGAUACCUCAACGGCUGCAUAUCGUGCGGCGCCCUGUGUAUAAACUUCUCGUUCCUGGCGGAGUUCCACGGCGCGCAGUACCGCAACCGCUGCGUCAUGACCACAGGCAUCUACGUCGGGAUCGCGCAGGUCGCAUUACCAGCGAUAGGGCUGGGGCUGCUGACGGAGACGUGGGAGUACGAGACGGGCGUGCUGACGCUGCGGCCGUGGAACGUGUUCGUCAUGAUGUGCACCGUCCCCUCGCUCGCCGGCGGCCUGCUCAUCUCCUUCUUCCCCGAGACGCCCAAGUUCCUCAUGGCGCACGGCCGCAACGAGGAGGCGCUCGCCGUCAUGCGCAAGAUAUACGCGCUCAACACCGGCAACAGUGCGGACACUUUCCCGGUGCGCCGGCUGGUGGACGAGAUAGCGCAGCGCAAGACGUCGCUGUCCAGCGCUGCCUCCAGCCCCAAGAGCGUGCUGGAGAGCGCGCGCGCCGGCUGGAGGCAGAUCCGGCCGCUCUUCUCCAUGCCGCACCUGCCCUACGCGCUGCUCGUCUUCAGCGUGCAGGCCUGCUGUUUGCUCAGCCUGAACACGGUGCGGCUGUGGCUGCCGCAGAUCUUCACGACGAUGGAGGAGUUCUACGAGGCGCAGCGGCUGCUGGGGCUGGAGGGGCAGGACGCCUACAUGUGCGAGGCGCUCACCUUCCGCGAGCGCAACGCCACGCUGGCCGCGGCCGUCGCCUCCGCCCUGACUAGCCCCAAUAUCUACACGAAUUCGAUGAUCGUGUGCGCCUCUGCAACUUUCGCCAUCUUCAUCAGCACAACCCUCGUGAACAUCAUCGGCUACCGGCUUCUGAUCAUAAUCAGCGCUCUGGUGAGCGCGGCGUUCAGCGUGCUGGUGCUGUGGUCGGUCGGUUCGGCGGCGACGCUGGCGCUGCUGACGCUCUACCUGGCCACCGUCAACGUGUACGGCGCCUGCAUGGUCGGCGUCGUCGUCGCCAUCUUCCCCACCACGCUCAGGACUAUGGCGAUGUCUCUGACCAUGAUGUGCGGCUUCAUAGCAGCGCUUUUUGGGAAUCUCAUCUACCCUGUCCUCAUGGCGGUCGGUUGUGAGACUCCUUUCUAUGUCGUCACCGCUUGCAACUUAGGUAAGGAAGGCAAGGUCCUGUAG